AUGGAAGAGAAUCCGAGUUACGUUGAUCCAUGGCAAGAGUACAAAGCUAUUAAUAUGAAGCUGAAGAAGCGCUUGCUACGAAAGCCGAAUCUUUUAGAAGCGGUAAAGGAAUUUUCUGCAUUAUCUCUACGUCUGCAGGACGAAGAAUGUCCCCAGUAUGCUGCGCUGUGUCACAUGACGAUGGCCCGUUGUGAGCAGCAGAUUGGCAACCCAGCCGGGGAGAACCAGAAUUAUCGUAAAGCUGCCGAUCUGUUUGUGAAGGCUGAGAAAGAGUACGCUUUCGACCUGAAGCUGCCAACCAUGGAGCUGAACCUUAGUUCAGCGCUUCAUUGUUACUCUUGUGCAAUAAGGUCUCAUAUCGAGCAGAAUCAACCGACGUUAGCCGCAGCGUUGUGCAUGGAAGUCGGUUGCCGUCUGAUGGACUUGGACAAGGAUUACGAGAGCAUCGAAUUUUUUCGACAAGCCGCCAACUAUUUCUCAGACGCCAAUCCGUGCGGUUAUUAUCAAUCGUUGCAGCGAAAGUGCAUGUGUGAGGUGAAUCUGGGUUUUUAUUCGGAUGCGCUGCAGACGUUGGACAACGCGCGCACUUCGAUCGAGUCUUGGGCGGACACCAGCGGCGCCUCGUUGUGGCAGAGCAGGUUACAGGAUAUCGAAGCGGCGACAGUGAUUUUGUUGCUGACACAUGAUCUGGCAUCACAUAAGCUCAAUGACUAUCAGUCGUCGUUACUGAAAAACUAUACAACCCUAUCAUUUCAAGAACCGGACUUUCCAAGCCAUGUAAAACGGGACUGUCGUCUGCAUCUACAAAGCUUCGUGCAGUCGAUGAAAGAGGAAUACUGUAAAGGUGCCGAGCUGGCUCUCACCGAAUUGCAGCCGUAUCUGAAGCCUUAUCUCAUGGACCUGGCCCUUAAAAUGUUGGAUUUAAUAAGAAGCUGA